AUCAAGUGGGAUCAUUACAAUGACAAAGGUUCGUGCGGGUCAGAAUAAUUACAAGAAAUUAUCGUGAUGGCCCAGCUGACGUGGAAAUAGAUGACUGGCUAACUCACAUGAAAGAGAAAAGAGAGAAGGAGAGCUGCGUUUCAAAGGGAGAAAAAAGACACAGAGAAUUAAAGAAGAAAAAAAAGGUCAUUUUAUAAGAAGGGAGAGCCGAAGAAAAAAGACAGAAGGAAAUUUCAUAUUUUGUUGUUGUUGGUGUUGUUGGGGAGGGGCUAUUGGGGCAUGAAAGGGCUGGCCAUGGACAGGCAACUCAUCGGUCAGCAUCAAGAGCUCUUGCAACUCCACGGCUCUCCUCCUUCUCCCUCUCCUUUUCACCUUCUUCACUUUCACCAACUGCCUCCUCCUUCCGACGACCAUCACCGCAGGUGGUGCUUGCCCAAUAUCGAUGAUACUUCUGUAGAUGAUUACUACAGUCUUGUAAUGGCUGCUGGGAAAUCUGGAAAUUAUAAGAUGUUGGAACCUUUCAAGCCACCACCAAGCAAGAAAUCCCGAAAGGAGCGGAACCGAGGGAAAUUACUUGAAAGUACCCCUACACCUGAGGUUCUGGAACAAGAAAUUUGGAAAGAAUUCCCCGAAGACCUUUUUGAAGCUGUCAUUGCUAGACUUCCCAUUGCCGCAUUCUACCGCUUCCGCUCGGUUUGCCAUAAAUGGAAUUCCUUGCUGGACUCGCAAAGUUUCUCUCUGCAUUGUGCUGAAAUCCCACAGGCCAAUCCCUGGUUCUAUACCAUUACUCAUGAAAAUAUAAAUGUUGGAGCCAUGUAUGACCCUUCCAUUAGGAAAUGGCACCACCGCACAAUCUCUUUUCUGCCAGCAAAGAUGAUUGCUCUUCCAAUUGCUUCUGCAGGUGGUCUAGUUUGUUUUCUUGAUAUUGGUCAUAGGAACUUCUAUGUCUGCAACCCUUUGACUCAGUCAUUUAAAGAGUUGCCAGCUAGGUCAGUUAAAGUCUGGUCACGUGUUGCUGUGGGAAUGACUCUGAAUGGAAAUUCGACCAGUAGAGGCUACAAGGUCGUGUGGUUGGGGUGUGAUGGAGAGUAUGAAGUUUAUGACUCAGUGAAGAAUUCAUGGAGUCGACCAGGAAGCAUGCCCUCAAAAAUUAAGCUACCACUAUCAUUGAACUUUCGGUCACAAGCAGUUUCCAUUGAUCACACACUUUACUUCAUGCGGUCAGACCCUGAAGGGAUCGUGUCCUACAAUAUGGUGACUGGGGUAUGGAAGCAAUUCAUUAUCCCAGCCCCACUACAUCUGAGUGACCACACACUCGCAGAGUAUGAGGGCCGGAUCAUGCUUGUGGGAUUGCUGACAAAAAAUCUUGCCAAUUGUGUCUGCAUAUGGGAGCUGCAGAAGAUGACGCUCCUGUGGAAGGAGGUUGACAGAAUGCCAAACAUAUGGUGCUUAGAGUUUUAUGGAAAGCACGUUAGAAUGACUUGCUUGGGCAACAAAGGUUUGCUCAUGUUGUCACUGAGAGCAAGACAGAUGAACCGAUUAGUCACAUACAAUGUGAAGAACAGGGAGUGGCUGAAGGUUCCUGGAUGUGUUGUACCACGAGGGAGAAAGCGACAGUGGAUAGCAUGUGGCACUGCCUUUCACCCUUGUCUGACUGCUACUGCUUGAUUUCCAACCUUUCUUUUUGUGUCUGGCAGCACUGGCAUGUCAAGGUAGGUUUUUCCUAUUUUUCUGUAUCUACCACACUGCAUUUGUGCUUGGCUGCUAACAAGCUUUUGCUGCUAGUUCCUUUUCUGCCGGAUUUUCUUUGUGGUUUUAAUGGAGUAAACAGGAACGACCAUUCUCUUUUUUUUUUUUUUUGUACAAACAUAUGGAUGAAUACCUUUAGUUUUACAAGAGACUUGUUUAAGUGCACCUGUUCUCAAAGAGCAGUGCAAAAGCUCUGUUAGACUGUUUAAUUAUGCUGAAUUAAGAUAAUAGCUACAUAGAGAAUCGAGUGGUUAAUUGCCUCUUGAUAGAUUUAUUACUCAACAGAAAGUUUCAGUUCUAAUAUAUUUGGAUGACCUGGCAGUCCUUGUAAAAAGAUUGUGGAAAUCUCAUUCAGCCUUUACAGUUUGCUCACGAUAGUAAAUUGAGUUGGGUCUCCUUAUCCAUUGGACUAACUUUUAUGAUUACACAACUGAUGAUUUAAAGGAAAGAGGGCCUUGGGUAUGUAGCCACCACUGUAUCUUUUGCCCAACUGUCCUCUCUUAAGACUUGAAACACCAGCUGCAAGUUAGUUUUGCCUAGAUAAAGUACAUAGGGUAUUACCUUCAAUGACAAAGUUAAAUAGCAUUAAUAUCAAUGGCUCACGUUCCAAGAACAUAGUAAUGGAAUCUUUGGAACUAAAACUUCUAUGAUCAUUAGCAACAAAUUGGUUAACCAUAACUUAAAAUGAAAAUUUUGAAGCAAAUUGAUUAUUCCAAUUCAACAAAAUACUAUGAAUUAGAUAAUGUUAUAAAACUAUGUGAAAACUUUGAACCUUAAUGGUGCUGACAUUAAACACCAUUAUCUAGUGAAUCUGUUGGUUUAACAACAUCAUGCAGUGGGGGAAUAAAGAGUUUAAAGAAUGCUUCUAGUCUAUUUAAUUCAUUCAUAAAUGAAACAGGCAAAAAGGUGAAUUCAAAACUUAAUUUAGUUGGUUCAUGUAGCCACCCUUAAGAAGUAAGAUUCAAUAAAAG